AUGGGUAAAGUAAUGUCCGUUGUCGGACGUCAGGCGCAACGCUUUAAUGUUGAAAAUCGAGCACAGAAAGUGAUAUCGCAAACGAAACCCAAACCGGCACCAAAGUACGAGUCGAAUCUGAAAGAUCUCGAGCGUGUGCUGAGAGAGCAUCCGGAUGUUGUGGAAGAACAGAGUCGUAAGAAUUUGCGAUUAGAUGAAAAUUUGCGCCAAGUCUAUGUUACCUCGAAAGAUAUUGACCCGAAAGCUGUGCAAUUGCAAGAUGCAGAUAAAGCUCUUCCAAUAAAUCGUUCUACCGUAGAUGAGUACGAAUUUGGGCAUCUGGAACCACGUACAGUCACCAAGGGUCGUUGCACGCUGCGACAAGCUGUGCAAUUUAUUGCAAAUCACCAGACCGAUCCGCAGCAGUGGACCUCAGCGAAGAUAGCAGAGUAUUACAGCAUGAAGGAACCUCUAGUCCAAAACAUACUCGAUCAUUUCAAAUCGUUCGAGGUGCAUUUACCCGACAAAAACCUCGAACGGCGUAGAAUACUUACACGAGCAACGGAAGCUUCGAAACAAAUUGAGUAG